GCAUCACGAGUGCAUUUCUCGUACCUACUGACAAUUACAAAGGAAGAAAAUGUCGAAAAGUUCUAGUAACACGGCAACGCUGUCAGUGUUGAGCAGGUACAGAUGACAUCAUCUCUGUAGAUGCUUUCAGAUCUCUACAUGAGAACCUGAAUCUGUCAGCUUCUCAUUGUAAACAAAAUCAAUUUGGUAAAUAUCUGCCUGAAAAGUUGAACAUGUUUCACCUAAUUAAGAAAGACAAGGACAAGGAGAAGGAGAAAGAGAGGGAAAGGGACAUGGGGAAGAAGGAAAAGAAAGACAAGAAAGACAAGAAAGAACGUAUGUCCCAGGCAGAGUUAAAGAGCCUAGAAGAGAUGAGCAUUCGUAGAGGCUUCUUCCACCUUAACAGAGGGAGCUCCAAGAGGGACUCCAGGAGCAAGUUGGAGAUCUCUAACCCUAUUCCAAUUAAGGUGGCUAGCAACACAGAGCUGAGCCUGACAAACCUGGAGUCUGAGCGUCCUCACAAUACCCCGGAUCAGGAUGUAGUGCAAACCUGUGCAAGUACCUCUGGCGAAGAUGUGAUGAGAAAUGAACUGGAACAUCAUCGCAGCUCUGUAAAGGAGAGAGCAGCAAAGUUUGGGGAGUUAGCAAAACCAAAUUCAUUAGUGGGCCAGAAGCAAGUACCUUUUCCUCAAAAGAGCAUAGAAGACAAUGCUUUUGAGGCUCCAGAUCGCUUUGGUCACAGCAGGACUACAUUUUACACAAAGUCCUUUCCCAAACCGAAAGGCACUGUCAUGGUUCACAUUCCUGAGCUGGUUGAGAAGACCUUCCCUGGUGCACAAUUACAGUUGCCGACACUUAUUGCUCCACCGGUACCAGAUCCAAGAGAACUUGAAAUACAGCGACGCAACACUGGGGAUUUUGGCUUUUCUUUGAGGAGAACCACCAUGCUAGAGAGACAGCCUGAUGGUGGAGUGUGCCGACGUGUGGUACAUUUUGCCGAACCAGGGGCUGGGACCAAGGACCUGGCUUUGGGUCUCGUGCCGGGAGACAGACUAAUAGAAAUUAAUGGUAUCAAUGUGGAGAGCAAAAGCAGGGAUGAAAUCGUGGAGAUGAUCCGUCAGUCAGGAGAGUCAGUUCGACUAAAAGUGCAGCCGAUUUUGGAGCUGAGUGAGUUGAACCGCAGUUGGCUGAGAUCCACUCAAGGUCUGCACAAAGAAGUCAUUGAUGGAAAGUCCGAGGAGGAGAUAAAAGCAGAGAAAGCCUGGUAUAACACAGAAAAAGUAUGGCUCGUCCACAAGGAUGGAUUUUCCUUGGCAACUCUCCUGAAGACAGAGACAGGCAGCCUGCCAGAGGGGAAGGUGAAAAUCCGCCUGGAGAGUGAUGGAUCUUUAUUGGAUGUGGAUGAAGAUGAUGUAGAAAAGGCAAACCCUCCGUUGUUUGACCGAGUGGAGGACCUGGCCUCUCUGCAGUAUUUGAAUGAGUCGAGCGUGAUGCAUUCCCUGCGGCAGCGGUAUGGCAGUAACCUGGUACACACCCACGCUGGAACCAACAUGGUGGUCAUUAACCCAAUUAGCGCCCCCUCCAUGUAUUCUGAGAAGGUGAUGCAAAUGUUCAAGGGUUGUAAAAGAGAGGACACAGCCCCUCACAUUUACAGCAUGGCACAGGCUGCAUAUAGGAACCUCCUGACCACUCGCCAGGAUCAGUCAAUAGUCUUGCUUGGCAAGAGUGGGAGUGGCAAGACAACCAACUGUCAACAUAUCAUCCAGUAUCUGUUUACAAUUGCUGGAAGCACCAAUAAGACAUUCUCCUCAGAGAAAUGGCAGGCAGUCUAUUCAGUUUUAGAGGCUUUUGGGAAUGCCUCCACCUGUAUGAAUGGGAAUGCAAGUCGCUUUUCCCACAUCGUUUCCUUGGACUUUGACCAGGCAGGACUGGUGACUUCAGCCUCUAUCCAGACCAUGCUUCUGGAGAAGAUGAGGGUGGCGAGACGACCAGAGGGCGAGUCCACUUUUAAUGUCUUUUACUACCUGAUGGCAGGAGUAGAUAGCUCUCUUAGAACUGAGCUGCACCUUAACCAUUUUGCUGACAACAGUUCAUUUGGAAUUAUGCCACAGAUUAAGACAGAGGAUAAGCAGCGGGCCUCUCAGCAGUUUUCCAAGCUGCAAGCAGCCAUGAAGGUCCUGGGGAUCAGCAGUGAUGAGCAAAAAGCCCUCUGGCUCAUUCUUGGGGCCAUUUACCACCUUGGGGCUGCAGGAGCUACCAAAACUGGCAGGAAACAAUUUGCGCGUCAUGAGUGGGCCCAGAAGGCAGCCUACCUGCUGGGCUGCACACUGGAAGAGCUUUCCUCCUCCAUCUUCAAGCAUCAGGCCAAGGGCACCCUGCCCAGAGCCAGCACCAUCCGCCAGGCUUCUGACGAAAAUGGCACAGCAGAUGCAGGAUCCAAAGCUACAGCCAUGGAGUGUUUAGAGGCCAUGGCAUCUGGGAUUUACUCUGAGCUCUUCACCACCAUCAUUUCUUUAAUAAACAGGGCCUUGAAAUCCAGCCAGCACUCCUUGUGUUCUCUACUCAUUGUGGACACACCAGGCUUUCAAAACUCCAGGCUUGCUAAGCGUGAGUGCGGCACAACCUUUGAAGACCUAUGCCACAACUACACUCAGGAACGUCUCCAGAGCCUUUUCUACCAACGUUCCUUUGUUCAGGAAUUGGAAAGAUACAAAGAGGAGAACAUUGAGCUUUCCUUUGAUGAUACUGAGUCCGGCACUUCUCUGUCAGUGGCCGUGGUAGACCAGACCUCAAGCCAAACACUAGUGCGCACAGUUCGAACAGAUGAGGCUCGAGGCCUGUUGUGGCUGAUGGAGGAGGAGGCACUGCAGCCUGGGGGAUCAGAGGAAACACUGUUGGGACGUCUCUUUAGCUACUAUGGACCAGCUGAGGGUGAAAGUAAAGGUCACACAUUUCUUCUGAGGAGUGAGAAGGAAAAUCACUUCCUGCUGGGCCACAGUCAUGGGACUGACUGGGUGGAGUAUGAUGUCCGUGGGUGGCUGAGCUAUGCCAAACAAAAUCCUGCUUCUACCAAUGCUUUAAGUCUCCUGCAGGACUCCCAAAAGAAGAUCAUCAGCUCCUUGUUCAUGAGCCGAGUGGGUGGAGCUACUGUGUUGUCUGGUUCUAUUGCUGGCCUUGAAAGUGUUUCCCAGCUGUCUUUGCGAAGGGCAACUAGUAUGAGGAAAACCUUCACCACGGGGGUAGCUGCUAUCAAGAAGAAGUCAUUGUGCAUCCAGAUAAAGCUUCAAGUGGAUGCUCUUCUUGACAUGGUGCGGAGGUCUAGGAUUCACUUUGUUCACUGCAUAUUGCCGAAGGCAGACGCCCUGAAGGCUCUUAGUGGAUCCCUGUUCAAAGGAGGGGAAUAUGAGGCCCAAGGGGAGACUGGAGAUCCUAGCUUAAUGCAGCUAGAUGUAGCCUUGCUCCGCUCUCAGAUACGUGGAUCCAAACUGCUUGAUGCUCUACGGAUCUACAGGCAAGGCUACCCUGAUCACAUGGUGUUCUCUGAGUUUCGACGUCGCUUUGAUGUGCUGGCUCCGCACCUCACCAAGAAGCAUGGAAGGAAUUACAUUGUGAAGGACGAGAAGAGAGCAGUGGAGGAGCUACUGGAGUCUUUGGAUUUGGAGAAGAGCAGCUACCAUAUGGGUCUGAGUAGGUUGUUCUUCAGAGCUGGCACACUGGCUAAGCUGGAGGAACAGAGGGAUGAGCAGACAAAGCGUAAUCUAACCCUGUUCCAAGCUGCCUGUAGAGGGUACCUUGCACGGCAAGCCUUCAAGAAGAGAAAGAUUCAGGAUCUAGCAAUCAGGUGCAUCCAGAAAAACAUCAAGAAGAAUCAUGGUGUGAAGGACUGGCCAUGGUGGAAGCUCUUCACUACAGUGCAGCCCCUCAUUAAAGUCCAGCUCACAGAGGAGCAAAUGCAAAGCAAAGAUGAGGAGAUACAGCUGCAGAAAUUGAAGCUUGAGAGAGUGGAGAAGGAGCGAAAUGAGCUGAGACUGAACACAGAUCGAUUGGAAAGUAGGAUCACAGAGUUGCUGGCAGAGCUUGCUGAUGAGAGGAGCGCCUGUGAAUCAGCUUCCCAGCUGCUGGAGACUGAGACUUCAGAGAGACUCCGUCUGGAGAGGGACAUGAAGGAUCUACAGGUUAAGUUUGAUGCCAUGAAGAAACAGGUAGAAGCGCAGGAAAUGGAAGUGAUGGAAGCAAGGCUCAUGAAAACAUCAGAACUCAAUGGAGAGUUGGAAGACGACGUUGAUUCUGGAGGCGAGUGGCGGAUAAAAUACAAUCGAGCCAUUCGAGAAAUGGACUUCACCAAAAAGAAACUCCAACAGGAGUUUGAUGACAAGCUUGAGACAGAGCAGCAGAGCAAAAGACAAGUUGAGAGAAAGCUGACUGAUUUGCAGACAGAUAAUGAGGAUGCACAGCGCUCUAUUCAGCAGCUGAAGAAGAAAUGCCAGAAGAUGACUGCUGAGCUGCAGGACACCAAGCUUCACCUGGAGGGCUUACAGAACCGCAACCAUGAUCUGGAGAAGAAACAGAGGAAAUUUGACUUGGAGCAGAAUCAGGCUCAGGAUGAGGUACAAAGAGAAAGGAGCCAACGGGAGAAACUGGCUCGAGACAAAGACAUAAUGACUGGUGAGAUAUUUAACCUCCGCCAGCAGCUGCAGGACAAGGACACAGAAUUAUAUGCCACAAAUGUGAAGGUGCAGCAGCUGGAGGCAGAGAUGCAGGAUCUAUCUUCCCAGGAGUCCAAGGAUGAGGCCUCGCUGGCCAAGGUAAAGAAGCAGCUUCGCGACCUCGAGGCCAAAGUGAAAGACCAAGAGGAGGAGUUGGAUGAACAAGCUGGAACCAUCCAAAUGCUGGAGCAGGCUAAACUGAGGCUUGAGAUGGAGAUGGAGAGGCAGCGGCAAUCCCACUCUAAAGAAAUUGAGGGUAAAGAUGAAGAGGUGGAGGAAAUCAGGCGAUCCUGCAGUAAGAAGCUAAAACAGAUGGAGGUACAGCUGGAGGAGGAAUAUGAAGACAAGCAGAAAGUCUUGCGUGAGAGAAGAGAGCUGGAAUCCAAACUACUGAUUGCACAGGACCAGGUCAGCCAGAGGGAUGUGGAGACAGAGAAGAAGUUGAAGAAAGACUUGAAGAGAACCAAAGUCCUUCUGGCUGAUGCACAGAUUAUGUUGGACCACCUGAAGAGCAAUGCACCCAGCAAAAGGGAGAUUGCCCAGCUAAAAAAUCAAUUGGAGGAAUCAGAGUUCACUUGUUCAGCUGCAGUUAAAGCUCGAAAGAGCAUGGAGAUUGAAAUAGAGGACUUGCAUAUCCAAAUGGAGGAUAUGGUCAAAACUAAGAUAUCAUUAGAUGAGCAGGUCAGCCGUCUGCAGCGAGAGAAGAAUGACCUGCAGUCCCGCAUGGAGGAGGACCAAGAAGACAUGAAUGAGCUGAUGAAAAAACACAAAGCUGCAGUUGCACAGUCUGCCAGGGACUUAAGCCAGAUAAGUGACCUGCAGGCCCAGCUGGAAGAAGCCACAAAGGAGAAGCAGGAGAUCCAAGAAAAGCUACAUUCGCUACAGAACCAGUUAGAGUUCCAAGAACAGUCUAUGGUGGAGAAGUCGCUUGUGAGCCGUCAGGAGGCCAAGAUCCGUGAGCUGGAAACCAAGCUGGAGUAUGAAAAGACACAGGUUAAACGCCUGGAGAGCCUGGUGGGUCGUCUGAAGGAGAAUCUGGAAAAGAUGACAGAGGAGAGAAACCAACGCAUCGCUGCAGAAAACAGGGAGAAGGACCAGAAUAAGCGCAUGCAGAGGCAGAUAAGGGACAUGAAAGAAGAGAUGGGAGAGCUGUCCAAGAAGGAGGGCGAAGCAAGCCGUAAGAAGCAUGAGCUGGAAAUGGACAUUGAGAGCUUAGAGGCGGCCAAUCAGAGCUUACAAGUGGACCUUAAGCUGGCCUUCAAGAGGAUAGGAGAUCUGCAAGCUGCAAUUGAGGAUGAGAUGGAGAGUGAUGACAAUGAGGACCUAAUAAACAGUUUGCAAGACAUGGUGACAAAAUAUCAGAAAAGAAAGAACAAAACUGGGGAGGAGACGGAAACAGAUUCGGAGGUGGAGGACCGUGUGGAUGGGGUUAAGUCUUGGCUCUCAAAGAACAAAGGCUCCAGCAAGACCCUGUCAGAUGAUGGCAGUCUGAAGAGCACCAGCCCUCCUGCUUACCGGAGACACCUGAGUCUUGGCAGAUCUGAUGAAGAGGAUGAGGUGGACAGAGAUUCCAGCAGGCAGUCUCUGAGGCAGAGCAACAGCGAAGGCUUAUUGACCGAGAGCUCGUCGUAACCCCACAGUCAGGCAACCUUGUUCUUUCAGUGACACCAAUCACACAGGGGAAACACAUUCUGUCUCCCUUUACUGUAUUACCACUUCCUAGCCAGCAAGGACAGGAGAGAGGCAAAUAAAGAACAGUUUUUUUUUUUUUUUUUAAAUAUUUAAGUCUGGACUUUUCAUCAUUUAUCACAGCGCACCAUUUCAUCAGCAAGAUGAAAUGAUUUUUUUUUUCCUCCUAUGCUCUCCUUUUUCAGUUUCAGUUGACACAACAUAUUGAGUCAGUCAUACAUAGCAGCAGAGUUAAGCACAAUCAGAAGAACUUUCUGCUGCUGCUGCUUUGUGAGAGCUUCUAUUCAGGCAAAUUUAAGCACUCUCCUCUGACUAUACCCAUAGCUCUGCCAAGAGGAUUUAGAUAAGCCAGCUCCGGCUGGACUUCUUCGUGAUGGUCUGACCAACUAUUAAGAUUAUUCUUAUCUCCUCUCCAUUCAUGUAGACUAGCACAGUGGGAGAAAUUAACCCAUUUUCAAUUAACUAUCUUGCUGUAAGUGUACAUGUGGCUCUUGUUCAGAGUUGAGAUAUCCAUUAUAUGAACAAAGUGGUUUAGAUGAGAAUAAAAUAAAUAAAACUAAAUGUCUUUUUGAACAAAGCCGUAAGAUGUUUAAAUGCGACCUAUUCAUGCACUUGAAUUGCUAGGAAACAGAUUUAAAAUUUUGAUUGAAAAAUGUAUAUAUAGUAUCAGUAGAUGUCCAAUUUUGUAUCUGGCAUCAAAUGCUUUACAUGCUAUUCAAAUAUGAAGAUUUUUUAAUGCUCAUGGGAGAAAUACUAUGUCAAGAUAAAGUUUGUGUGAUAUUUCUAUUUCAUCCUUAUUGUUAAGGGGAGUGCAUGCUGGUUUGGCUCCUAUGGGAUAACUUAUGAGGUUCAAAGGGAAUUCAUUUAACUGCUGUUAUAUGCAUAGGAGCUUUUCUCAUAGCCUAUUAGAUCUUACAGAUGCUGUGAUGCUGGAAUUAAAAGUGUAUUUUUAUUAAGCUUUACUUGAGAUUUCCAUCUAAGUAUGACGUAUUACAGCUGCUUUGAAUAUUGUAUCCUGCAGAGUAAUAUUCCAGAUUUAGGGUAUGCAGUAUUUUAAAUGUAAUUGGUUCCAGCAGUAAAGCACUAAUGCUUUUCAGUGCAUUAUGUUAUUUCAAGGUGCCAAAUAUCACCAUGUGUAAGUCAUGUGUUUAAUCAAAAUGCAAGAUGCAGACUUUUAGAGCAAUCUUCCAGAUCCUGUUAUACAGCCAUCAGCCACUACAUUAAAACUGCUAGCAGGUGAAAUGAGCAUUAAUAAUCAUGUUACUAUGCAAUACUCUGUUGAGAAACCUGGCAUCCGUGCUUGCUGACUUUCAUGUGGAUGCUUUUGUAACAACUACCACCUGGUAACAGUGUUUCCUGAGCUCAGCAACGUCUCUCAGCUGGACGACAUGCCUCAGCUUUGGACAGAACUUCCACAGGAACGGCUGGAGCACAGCAAGAAUGUUGAACUGGCUUUCAACAUCCCAGCUCUCUUAAUCUUCCUGAGCUUCUGGGGGAUGCGCAGAAACAAGCUACAUCUACAGGGAGCUCAUAUUGGAUCCUAAAGGAUUCACUGCCGCAUUUUACUGCCAGACAGGAUGCCCCCAUGAUACCCCCAUGCCGGGUCAGAGCUGUUGUGCACUAUGGUUAAUGUAGUGGCUUAUUUGUAGCGAGUCAAGCAGAGAUAUCUAAGACACUAAUUGAUUGACUUUUCUGUUGUGAGACAUUACUUAGAAUGCAUCUUCAAAAAUUUAGGUUAUGAAAGAAGAAUUUGUUAUAAGUUUUGAGAUCAUAUUCCUUGUUUGACCCAUUUGUAUAUUUACUCAUUUAGCUAUGACCUUUUAAAAUUCACCUAAAGCAAUAUUUGUAUAAUUAAAUGCAAUCAUUUUGGUAAGAACAGAGGACUAAUCAACAUGAUGCUGUCAAGACAAAUAUGCAACUUGCUGGGUAAGAUAAGUGUGAUUUUUACACAGAUGUAUAUGUACAAUAUAUGUCUAUUUUCUCACAAGCAAAGUGUAAAUCUGUGUUUGGUUUUCGCUAUUAGCACAUCAGAAAAGGAUAAUUAGCAUUUUUAUCUUAUUUUCUCUCUCUUUUUUUUUGUCUGCAUCUGAUAUUAAUAUUAAUUUGGAAAACAAGAAACUUUGAUGUCAGUGAUUAUGAAUAAAAUUGUUUGGUGAAAAAUA